AUCGUUUUCGUUUUCAUCCAAAACAAAAAGAACUCGUUCUCGAUCUAGAGAAAAAUUUCGCUUCGAAUCGGUGUGAUUUUUCUGAAUAAAUAAGUUCCUAUAAAGUUUAAAAGUGGAUUUGUUAAAUGUUGCUCGCGUGUCGUGAAUGUCCAGAAUGAAAGUUACCGUUAAAAGUUGGAUGGGAGUCGCCGUGUGGAAAUGGCUCGCCAACGAUGACAACUGUGGUAUCUGUCGGAUGGCCUUCGAGGGCUGCUGUCCGGAUUGCUCGCUGCCCGGAGACGAUUGUCCUCUAGUUUGGGGAUCCUGUUCGCAUUGUUUCCACAUGCACUGCAUCGUAAAGUGGCUCAACUCGCAGGCAAAUCAGCAGUGCCCGAUGUGUCGCCAGACAUGGAAGUUCAACGAUAAGUAGGUGGAAAUAGCGGUGCCAAGGGGGGGAAGUCGAUCCCGGAUUGAAUGAAGUGAGACAGAAAAGUGACCUCAGUUCUCGGUGUCGAACAACAGUGUUGCAUGUAACAGAAGUGAACUUGAAUGGUGAACUAGGACCAGGCAGGCCGAAUAAAGAAAAAAAGUGCUGACAGUGGCGAUUGGUUCUGUCGACCGUGGGAGGGUCGAGUCGAGCUGAGAUUGUGAGUUCGGGUCAGCGCAGGGUGUUUGGAAGAAGUAUUGCAUACGUUUUUAUUUUGAGGUGU